AUGGGACGACUGGAAUCUCUUGAUCUAUCAAGAAAUCAUCUCUCUGGGACAAUUCCUUCUAGCAUUUCAAAACUAUCCUCCUUGGGUUUCUUGAAUUUGUCUUUCAAUAACUUGUCAGGGAAAAUUCCGUCAAGUACACAAAUGCUAAGUUUUGAUGCUUCUUCCUUUGCUGGUAACCAACUUUGCGGCCGCCCCCUGACAGUGCAUUGUGGCAGCAGCAGCACUGAUGGUGUGACUGUAAUCAAAGAAGAAAGUGUCGAAACUGCUGUGGAUUAUUGGCUUUAUAUCUGCAUUGGUGUGGGGUUUGUGAUCGGCUUUUGGGCUGUUUCUUUUACUCUAAUACUGAAGAAGUCAUGGAGAUACGCCUAUUUCCGCUUUGUGGAUGAAGCUUGGUACAGGUUACAGGAACACUUUUUCUCUAUUAGAUUCAUGUUAAAAUAG